AUGUUGGCUAGAAGUGCAAUUAAGAAUGUUGGCAAAACCAGCUCGGUGUUUGUCGCCAAGAGAACCAAGGUGAGCUUGCCAAAGCUGGACUGGGAUUUCGAUGCGUUGGAGCCAAAUAUCUCCGGUCAGAUCAACGAGUUGCAUUAUACCAAGCACCACCAAACGUAUGUGAACGGGUUCAACACCGCAGUUGAGCAACUGGAAGACCUGAACUGCCAGUUGAAGUCCGAUCCCUCGCCGACGAUUGCGAAAAAAAUCGUUGGUGUGCAGCAAAACUUGAAGUUCCACGGUGGUGGGUACACCAACCAUUGUCUGUUCUGGAAAAACUUGGCCCCCGAGUCGCAAGGGGGAGGGAAACCACCAGGCGGCGCCUUGGGAGAGUCCAUCAAGAGCCAAUUUGGCUCCUUGGACAACCUGGUUUCUUUGACCAACUCCAAAUUGGCCGGCGUGCAAGGUUCCGGCUGGGCCUUCAUUGUCAAGAACUUGGAAAAUGGCGGUAAAUUGGAUGUGGUUCAGACUUACAACCAGGAUACUCUAACGGGCCCAUUGGUUCCGUUGGUCGCUAUUGACGCCUGGGAACACGCCUACUACCUACAAUAUCAAAAUCGGAAAGUUGAAUACUUCAAGGCUAUCUGGAACGUCAUCAACUGGGCUGAAGCUUCAAAGAGAUUCGACGAAGCCAAAUAG